CCGCCGCGCAGGCUGGCCGGCAGGGAGGCCGGCAGGGAGGGAAGGAGGGAGGAGGCUGCCGCCAUCUCCGGCUGCCGCCGCGCCGAUCGCUACCGGGGGAAGGGGGCGGGCCUGCAGCCGGUCCGGCUGAGGCGGGAGGCGCGGGGCGGCCGCGGGGCCAUGAGGAGCCGCAGCAACUCGGGGGUGCGCCUGGACGGCUACGCCCGCCUGGUCCAGCGGACCAUCCUCUGCCACCAGAAUCCAGUUACGGGACUGUUUUCAGCUGGUACGGACCACAAGGAUGCUUGGGUACGGGACAACAUCUACAGCAUCCUGGCCGUGUGGGGGCUGGGGAUGGCUUAUCGGAAGAAUGCUGACCGGGACGAGGAUAAGGCCAAAGCCUACGAGCUCGAGCAGAACGUUGUGAAGCUGAUGCGGGGACUCUUACAGUGCAUGAUGAGGCAGGUAGAUAAGGUAGAGAAGUUCAAACGCACGCAGAGUACCAAAGACUGCCUACAUGCUAAGUAUAACUCUGCUACUUGUGCCACGGUGGUUGGGGACGACCAGUGGGGGCAUCUGCAGGUGGAUGCAACUUCCCUUUACCUGCUCUUCUUGGCACAGAUGACUGCAUCAGGGUUACGUAUUAUCUUCACCCUCGAUGAAGUUACCUUUAUUCAGAAUCUUGUUUUUUACAUAGAAGCUGCCUACAAAGUUGCUGAUUAUGGAAUUUGGGAACGUGGUGAUAAGACAAACCAGGGCAUCCCUGAACUGAACACGAGCUCCGUAGGGAUGGCCAAAGCUGCUUUGGAAGCAAUUGAUGAACUAGAUCUUUUUGGAGCUCAUGGAGGACACAAAUCAGUGAUUCAUGUUCUUCCUGAUGAAGUAGAACAUUGUCAGUCUAUUCUAUACUCCAUGUUGCCAAGGGCUUCCACAUCAAAAGAAAUAGAUGCUGGCCUUCUCUCUAUUAUUUCUUACCCGGCUUUUGCAGUGGAGGAUCUAAACCUUGUUAAUGUGACCAAGAGUGAAAUCAUAUCCAAACUGCAGGGCCGCUAUGGCUGCUGUCGCUUUCUCCGAGAUGGAUACAAGACACCGAGAGAGGAUCCAAGCAGGCUGCACUAUGAUCCUGCUGAGCUCAAGCUUUUUGAGAAUAUUGAGUGUGAGUGGCCGGUAUUCUGGACAUACUUCCUAAUUGAUGGAGUGUUCAAUGAGGACAAAAUUCAGGUACAAGAAUAUAGAGAGGCUCUGGAAGGAAUACUUAUUAGAGAGAAGAAUGGAAUAGUUCUAAUGCCUGAACUGUAUGCAGUCCCUCCAGAAAAGGUGGAUGAGGAGUACGAAAAUCCUCACUCAGUGGAUCGUAUCCCAGUGGGAAAAUUGCCUCAUCUUUGGGGCCAAUCAUUGUAUGUCCUUAGCUGCCUAUUAGCAGAGGGAUUUCUUGCUGCAGGUGAAAUUGAUCCCUUAAACAGGAGAUUUUCCACUGGAUUUAAACCUGAUGUUGUGGUACAAGUAACUGUUUUGGCAGAAUCUAAUCAAAUCAAGAAUCUCUUGCAAGACCAUGGAAUCAAUGUUCAGAGUAUUGCUGAUAUCUAUCCACUCAGAGUGCAGCCAGCUCGCAUCCUGAGUAAUCUCUACACCAUGCUGGGCCGGAACAAGAACAUGAAAUUAAGUGGACGGCCACACCGACACAUUGGAGUGUUAGGCACCUCCAAGCUGUACAUGAUAAGAAAUCAAAUAUUUGCUUUUACCCCUCAGUUUACUGACCAGCAUCACUUCUAUCUGGCUCUAGACAAUCAGAUGAUUGUGGAGAUGCUGAAGACAGAGCUGGCUUACCUCACCUCUUGUUGGAGGAUGACGGGGAGACCAACCCUGACAUUUCCCAUCACCAACACAAUGCUUGUUGAUGAUGGUACUGACAUUCAUCCAGCAGUUCUUGCCACCAUAAGAAAAUUAGAGGAUGGUUAUUUUGGAGGUGCAAGGGUGAAGAUAGGCAAGCUGUCAGAAUUUCUUACUACCUCUUUUCAUACGUAUCUGAGCUUCCUGGAUCCAGACUGUGACGUCAAACUAUUUGAUUACCCUAAUGAAGGCCGUAAUAGUCCUGACAGUGAAUAUGGAGGCUAUCCGGCAGAUUUCUGUGAAAAAGAAAGCCAGGAUGAGCUGGAUCAGUAUAUAAAUGAUGUCCUGCAGAGUACAGCACUGAAGUCAUACCUGCCUCCAACUUCAAAGACUGCAAAUCAACCACCUGUGUUCAGUGCAAGCCAUUCCACAAAAGAGAUACUGUCAAUAAUGGCCAAGACAAAGGGCUUGGAGGUUCCAGCUGUGUCUAUGUCACUUCCCACUAAAGUUCUGAACACUCACCGGAAGUCUCUGAAUCUGGUUGAUAAUCCCCAUUUCUUUGAGACAAAGCAGGACUGUGAAAAUGUUUUGCAUUUACCUAAAGAUGCUCACGGUGAUUUGGAUUGCAGGAAGCUUGUUGAGCAGCUGAAGGAAUGUCCAACGCUCCAUGAUCAAGCAGAUAUCUUAUAUAUCUUGCAUAUAAUAAAAGGCGCUGACUGGGACACAGAGCUGGAUGGACAGUACGGCGUCACUGUUCAUUGCCUUCUCAACGAGCUCUACAGGAAGGCAGGCCUUAAUCAAGAAUGGGGCUUGAUCCGUUACAUUUCUGGUAUACUCAAAAAAAGAGUGGAAGUCCUGGCUGAGGCAUGCACAGACCUUCUGUCGCACCACAAGCAGCUUACAGUGGGCCUGCCACCAGAACCCCGCGAGAAAAUCAUUACCACCCCACUGCCACCUGAAGAGCUCACAGAUCUUAUUUAUGAGGCCAGCGGCCAAGACAUCAGUAUUGCAGUCCUGACACAGGAAAUAAUCAUGUACUUGGCGAUGUACGUCCGGUCACAGCCUAGUCUUUUUGUGGAGAUGCUCAGGCUCCGCAUUGGUCUGAUAAUUCAGGUGAUGGCCACUGAGCUGGCUCAGAGUCUGAAAUGCUCAGGUGAAGAAGCUUCAGAGAGUUUGAUGAAUCUAAGUCCCUUUGAUAUGAAAAAUCUCCUACACCAUAUUCUCAGUGGAAAAGAGUUUGGUGUGGAAAGAAGCUUGCGACCUGUAGAUUCCUCUUCAUCUAGCCCUGCAAUUUCUAUUCAUGAAAUGGGGCAUUCUGGAGCAACCAAAACAGAAAGAAGUGGUAUUACUAAAUUGAAGAGUGAGAUGAAGCAGAGGGGCAGUACUCCUCCGUCUCCCACUAGUACUUCUCCUACUGGCUCCAAUGGAGACACAAGCCAGGGUGACCGACGAGGGCAGUGGCUGCGCAGAAGAAGGCUUGAUGGUGCUAUUAACAGAGUUCCUGUCGGCUUUUAUGAGAAGGUGUGGAAAAUCCUUCAGAAGUGCCAUGGUCUGUCCAUUGACGGCUAUGUCCUUCCUUCUUCAACCACCAGAGAGAUGACCCCGUGCGAAAUCAAGUUUGCUGUGCACGUGGAGUCAGUGCUGAACCACGUACCCCAGCCUGAGUACAGGCAGCUCUUGGUGGAAGCUAUUCUCGUUCUCACGUUCCUCUCUGACGUCGAGGUGAACAGCAUCGGGGGCAUCAUCCACGUGGAUCGAAUCGUGCACAUGGCCAACGACCUGUUUCUGCAGGAGCUGAAAUCAUUCGGAGCUACUGGUAGGCUCUUGGAGAAAGAUGUAGCCACAGGAAUUUGCCACUUUUUUUAUGACAGUGCUCCAAGUGGGGCCUAUGGCACCAUGACGUACCUAACAAAAGCCAUAAUUAUUUAUUUACAUGAUUUCCUGCCUAGCACAGGCUGCGCAAUGCAAUAAGCGAUGCCUCAUGCAGAAGGGAAGGCUCCAAAGCUCUUUGUCCAGUUUCCCUGGCAUGAACCUCUCCUUGAGUUGCUGCAUGUAUGUGUGCCGUCCACUACCUCAGCAUUUUACGCUAGUCAUCACGUAUGCCUACCUGCCGGGGUCAGGUAGGUGGAAUUUGGCCUGGUUUGAAGAGACUGCGUGAGAAAUAAUAAAUAAUGAGGCUUAUUCUGCCCAAAGUGCAUAAAUGUAAUUCCUAUUAAAUUAGCAAGAAUUAUACAGUUCUGCCAAGGGGAAAACAGAUUACUCGGUGGAGAUCAAAAGGCAUAAUAAAACGAGGGAGCUCUCUCUCAGGCAUAAAGUCUCCCAAAUAAGGGAAGUGAUGGAAUUCAUUAAUUUUUCUCCUGCUGUGUGUAAAUGUACAUCAUUGUGAGUCACUAAUGCACAGUGUGAAACAUCCAGGGAAGUGUAAAUUAGCGGAACAGGAGUAAGUUGAAAUAACCAGGUGAUAUUUCUAAUACAUGUUUAUUGUGAUUCUCAUCUCAUUUGCACCUAGUCAGUGCAGGGCUAACGCCAGUAGAGGCAAAUGUCUUACAAUAUCCACUAAUUUGAGAGGAUAGCCUCUCUCAGGGAGCUGCAUCUGUCUUUAAUCUGAACAAAAUAGCUUCCUUCCCUGCAUCCCCAAGGCUUUGGAGGCAAAAUCUCAAGACUCCAGCUUCUCCAAGGUAACAGACAGUUUUAUGCCUGUAAUCCUUUCCUCUCAGUGGAGCAAGAUAAACCUCUUCCACUCAAACACCCUUUCCAAGUCUCCCGAUCCUUUCCCUUGCAAAUAGCCUCAGAGUUAAGAAUGGCAUAAUUGCCACCCUUCCAGUGCAGCGUGAAUUUAUGGAAGGCUUUGAUGUUUCUCUUUGUGUUUUGGGUUUUUUCCCCCCCCCCCUUUCCCUUUUUUUUUUUUUUUUUUUUAAGUUUGAAGUUGCACUUGCCACAUGUCGUUAGGGAUGGGCUGCCUGGAAAUCUCCCUUCAGACAGUUCCCGAGUUAGUGCCUGUGCCUUGAAUCUCUCCACUGGAACCCAGUUUCUGCGGCUGCUCUGAGCUGCUGCAAGGAGAAUAGGUGUGUCCUGCAGGGAAAUGGCUCCGUGGCCAUUUAAACUGGAAAGAGAGGUUGGCUGCCUCUGGAGGGGAAAAGCCUGCUUUACCCCAGGCAUCGGCUGCAGUUUUCCUUGUGCCAGCACUGCUGGUUUUGCCACCAGCCAGCACACGUGUGGCUGACAGCUUAGGAAAAUGGCUGUAGCUUCAGCCUCUCCCACAGCCAUGGCUCCCUCAGCGGCGUGGAGGCGUGCUGGCACUGCCGCCGUGUGAGCAGAGAGGAUCAGAGCAAUUCUGUCUUGCCAGGUAGAGGGGAAAAGAGCAGAUGUGGCUUGUAAAAAGUAUGUAUUUUUUGUGCUAAUAAGCCUGAUAAGCAUAUUUCUGUGAGACCCCCCCCCUCCAGUCCUUCAAAACAUUAACUCUGCCAUUUUUACAGGAUUUGGAAACUUUUUUUCUUUUGUAACAAUAAUACGUGGUGCUUUUGAGAACGAGGUGUUUGGUUCCAGUUUUAUACAGAUAUCUGAAAUACCUUGAUGAAAGGAGGGAAGUAAGCCCGUCUCACUUGCCAGUCACCAGCACCCGCGGUCCCGUGGAGGCUAAGCUCCCGAUGGCAGCGCCACCCCGCCCGCUGUCCUUCUACGGAGUCGCUGCUGCUGUAACAACGUCUGGGCACUGGCGGAAGAGAGCGAAGGUGUGGGAGGCCUUAGGAGGUGAUUUUGUGUUUUUGCAGAGACGGGGAGUGUCUGGCAAUCCAAGGGCCAAGGAGCCUUUGGGCGGGAUGCUCCGGGAGAGGCACGUACUCUGUUAACCACUGUGAAAACUGUGGGCCUGUUGAGGGGCUAGUAUAAAGGUGCGCUUCAGGUACGAUUAGCACUUGGUUGUGAAAGUCAUUUUAUUGGCACGGUGCCUGUUUUGUAGGGGUUUGCCUUCAUUAUGUUGGGGUGGGGUUUUUUUCCCCAUUUUCAUGUGUGUUGUGAGAGAUCACUUAGCUUGCGCCCCAGUCAAUGGAAGUAAAAUCCUUUGUCUAGUUUAAGCAGACAGAUGUGACAGAGCAGAGUGUUGAGCACACAAGAGCCUGUGCGAUGGUUUCUUGUUCUAUCCGGUGUCAUACAAAAAAUGAGCAGUAGCAGUUAUUUUUGCUUUUCUUGUUGAAUCCUAGAUUACGAGAGAUGCAAGAUGAUGUUCCCUCAGACUCUUAUUUAUGUUUUUUACCUAUAGUGUGAUCUCGUUUGCAGAAACAAGAAGGGUGAUGUAGUUGGUUUUACAUGCCGCUGCAUUGAAGCCUGAAGCAAUCGAGCCUAUGGCCAAACAUACCCGGAUGCCCCUUAACACAUGUGGGUUUUUUCAUUAAUGGGAGUGUCCUUAAUUUGAAAUACAUAGCAUGACUUAGGUUUUGGUAUAUUUACGAUCAUAGUGAUCAGUUAUCACACGGAGUGCAGGCGCUUGGAAAGUAUUUCUGUGGCAAUUUGAAGAGUUGAGGUAGCUGAUGGUGAAGGCUGGGAUUCUGAAACACAAGGCUGAUAGAGGGGAAACUCAUGUUACGUCCAGGUCAGGCGCUGCUGCAUUGCUACUCAGAUGGAAGAACUCUUCCAAUUGCGGAGUCACAUCUUAGUGCAAACCUAAUUAAGCAAAUAAGGUUUUAUAUAGACCCCCUGCUUCACUGAGGGUCCAUGUGCGCGUGGGUGUGUGAAGCUGUUGCAGAGCUAGCAUUUGUGGCGUCAAGGGUGUGCUCCCAGUUAAAAUAUGUGACGACUUUGCCAUUUUAGUGGGGCUGAGCUAAUUGGCAGAGGCUCAGCUGGGCUGUCGGGCUUCCCAGGGGAGCCAGCAGAGGAUGACAUGGCCAACUUGUCUCUGGAAGGUCAUUUAUGGGAAGAAGGCAAAGGCAAACAGACACGGUGAGCCUCAGAAACAAGGGCAUUAACGAAUUAAAAUAGACCUACCUGAGACCUGGUCGUUCCAGGCUGACGGGCACUGCUGCCCUAAGCAGUUUGCAGCUGCGGGGACAAAAGGACCUGCACAGCUCUGGGGGGCAGCCAGGCGUGCCUGCAAGUGGGAAAUGGGGCUGCUUGGGUGCACUGGCCAGAAUAAUGAGCUGUGUCCAGCUCGGAGCACGUACCGUGUGCUGUCCCCAGCCGGGCUCCCACAGGCCAGCGUGCCCUCCCUGCUCGCUGCCUCACGGCUGCUUCCUUCUCCCUGCUGCUGUGCAAAGGACACGAGUUUGUCUAACUAAACAGACCAGAAGCAGCAUCCACCCCCCUCAGCUGCUGCUCCUACAAGUAAAUGUGAAAAAGUCAUGGUUAGGGUACAAAGUUUGUCUGCCUUCUGUCCUGCUUACUGUGAUCUCCUUGCUCAGGGAAAGAGCCCUGCUUGUUCCUGGGAGGCGAAGGUGAGCCACACAGCCCCUAGCAUGCCUAGAAAGGGGUGGUCACUUUCCGUGGUGGGUGGUGAAGCUCCUGGGCUGCACCGCUGCGGGCACGGGGCCCCGCAGGACCGUUACCCCUCCAGCAGCAGCCAGGGGCUUGAGUGAAGCAGCAGCCUGGGUCAGUCCAGGUCCAACACCGAGCACACCUGGUGUGGUCCAGAUGUAGGAGCAGGGUUGUCCUGAAAGUGGGAGAGGUGCCACCAGUGCUGUAAAGGCUCGACUGUACCUGUGGGGCAAGAGCUUGGGCACACAGCUGCAGGCUGAGCCAGUCCCUGCUCAUGGGACUGCUCACAGCUGUCAUUAAACAGCCGCUGCAUAAAAUUGUGAGAUUAAAAAAAAAGAUUGGGGGUGGGGGUUAUGGAGGAAGAGCCUCAGCUCGAACAGUUUGGCUGUAAGUACAAGUAGCCGGGCUCUCUCUCCCACUCCCAGUUUUAGUCUCGCGUGGCUUUUAUUCCUGACAUCCAAUGUUUCACAGUUACUCCCCCCGCCACCCCCCCUUCUUCUGUCAGGGGUAAGGGGCUCCUGCGUGCAGCUAGCAGCUGGCAGGGGAGGCUUUUUCCUUUUUCGGCUCGAUGACUCAGCUCCUCUCACACUUCAGUGCUGCGUCCCUGAAAGCCUCUUCUCACUGCCUGCUGCGUGAAGCAUUGCGGUGCGGCCUUCCCUUUACGGCCCCUCCCGGGAAGUCAUCCCUCAGGGCGAGCGUCCUUCAUGCUGGGGUAGCCGCAGGAGCGUGUCGUUAGCGGGGGCAUCGAAGCUGGAGGCUGUCAGCCGUGUUUCUGAGCUCCCACGUCUUACUGCGGACCCCAGUUUUGCCCUCUCUUCUGGGUGGGGGUGGUGGCAAAGGAGGGCUCCAGGGCCACGCUGUCCCAUUCCACCUUGUUGCUUCAUGCCCACAGCAAGGAAGUCGAUGGUAGGAAGCGAGAUCCCGCCCCACACCGUGGGGUUUGUCCAUCUUAGGUGGCUUCUUUUUGUCCCUCCACUGGAAUAGGGUGGGACCGAUUCUCCCCCCAGGCCAUAGAUCAGAAUAAAUGCAUGUUAAUAAUACUACCUAUACCAUGAAAAUUUUAUUGUAAAUUUUGUUUGCAUUAUUAAAGUUGUUUCUAUACCCCCCCCGGCAAUAGACAUAAGCGUGUGCAUGUUUGUUCACUCAUCUCUCAAGUUAAAAAAAAUACUUCUGGAGACGUAUUUCAAUUGUAGAAAAUAAGAUUUAAGAAAAGACUGCAGUACCUUAAGCUUGGGCUGCUGUUACAUUCUGUGAUGAUAAACGGGGAAGUAUGGGGGUUUUUUAUGUACUUCCAACACUUUAUUUAAUAAACCCCAGCUACUUU